GCCAUGCUUCAGGACAUCGCAUAGUUAAGAUGAUAAGAUACUGUGGCCUAUCGCUCAGCCUCUUACCUUACAUUUUAACAAGCGAAAGUGCUUCGCAACUUCGAAAGAUACGGGGAACCUUGGCAGAUGUGCAUACCCCUGAUAUGGACUCAUCUUCUGUAUCGCGGCUCCAGUAUGUGGAGUCGCUCAGCGCUUUCAUCCCUUUAUCUACUGCUAGUUCCAAGACGCUCAUGUUCUCAUUCUUAUAACCGCCUUUCUCAAUCCCUUCAUGCAGUCCUUGGAGUACAGAAAGAAGGGCACUCUGGAUGGUAGCUCUGGGAAGAACGGAGCCCUCCAUGUCUCCGUCGUCUCUGAAAAAGCGGAUACAGGCGCUCUCCUGGUCGCCGGCAUCGCUGCGGAUGUUGAUCCGAAGGAGGCACUUCGCGUACGGCGGAAGAUCGACUGGCACAUUAUGCCGCUGAUGUGCACAAUUUACUGGGUCCAGUAUAUGGACAAGCUGACUUUAGGCAAUGCUGCAAUUCUGGGGCUCAAGGCGGAUAUCCAUCUGACCACCAAUGAAUACAAUUGGCUGGGAACCAUAUUCUAUAUUAGCUAUCUGAUUUUUGAAUAUCCGCAAAACCUUGCCUUACAACGAUUGCCGGUUGGCAAAUGGCUCAGCGUGAACAUAUUUGUAUGGGGAACUGCCAUGUGCUGCCACGCCGCAUGUAAGGACUUCCGAGGGCUCUUCGCCUGUCGCUUCGUCCUCGGCUUGUGCGAAGGCUCGAUCACCGCAGGCUUCAUGGUCGUCACUUCUAUGUUCUACACCCGAACAGAACAGACGCUCCGCGUUGGCUACUGGUUCAUGAUGAAUGGUACCGCUCAGAUCAUCCUCGGUCUAGUCAGUUUCGGUUCUUUGCACACGCACACGAAGAACUUCCAUCCCUGGCAAUGGCUUGUUGUCAUAACUGGAGCAAUUACUCUGAGUACUGCCUGUGCGUUCUGGAUCAUGUUCCCGGACUCGCCCACCAAUGCAUGGUUUCUUACCCAUGAAGAACGCAUUAUAGCCGUGCAACGUCUCAAAACAAAUCAGACCGGCGUGGAGAACAAGCAUUUCAAGAAAGAACAGUUCUACGAGGCGCUGACAGACCUAAAGACGUGGCUGUUCUUCUUGUUCUCUGCUCUGGACAAUGUUCCGAAUAGCCUUACUAACCAGACGCAAAUCAUCAUGGACUCCUUCGGCUUCACGAACGAGGAGACGACGCUCUUCGCCCUUGUCAGCGGCACCAUUGAAUUGAUUACCAUAUCGUCCGGCGUGCAGCUUGCUUCUCGGCUCAAGGACGCGCGAGCGUACGUUGGGUUCUGUUGGUACUUGCCGACAUUAUUGGGGAUCUUACUGGUCAACCUGCUACCUUGGACUGACAAGGUCGGGCUGCUUUGUGGUCAAGAAUUAACCAAUAUCAAUGUCACGGCGUUCGUGCUGUCUCUAUCUUGGUUGACCAAUGUCACAGCAGGCCAUACAAAGAAAGUCACGUCCAAUGCCAUUAUGUUGAUCGGCUAUUGCGUAGGCAACUCCGCUGGGCCAUUCAUCUGGCAGGCACAAUAUGAACCCCGGAACCAUGUUCCUUGGGCUGUCAUAGGCAUCUGUUACGUAUGCUGCAUGUUUAUUCUGCUCAUCAUCCGGUUCCUUCUGGCGCGAGAAAACAGACGUCGAGAUAUGGAGGAACGUGACACGACUUACGACGACGUUUACAUCGAGGUUCUCCUACCGGACGGCACGCACGUGGAGAAGAAGGUAGAAAAGGAGUACUUAGACUUGACAGAUAAACAAAACCGGGAUUUCAGAUACGCGUUGUAGAGGUCGAGUUGACAAUGCACAAUCUCACUCGCAUGUGAAGGCGUCCUUGGCAGGUCUAUAUCCCGGACCACUGCUUCAAGUGUCACUUUCGAGUCAUCGUAUUGCUCUCGUCGGAAAAAUGGGGUAAAAUUUCCUCCGACGUAUGUCGGCCGUGAUAAAUAAGACAUAGAUCAUCAUUCUUCCUAUCAAUACAGUGGUGCGU